AUGACCGUGGACCCUAUUCAUCAAAGCUGGUUUGACCCGCUUCCAUUGCAACAGUACCAGGAGCUGGUGAAGAAAUCGGCUCCAGAGUCAGUCUCCAGCUGUCCACCAGAUCGGACUGUUGGUAAGCCCGCUGUUAGUGUUGCUUGUGGACCUAAUCUUCGGUUCUUGGGGUGUUUAGAAAACGGAACCAACAAUUACCGUGGAACCAUAUUGCUGGUUCUGCGUGAUUCCGAAAACUCUGAAAAAACCAAGCCUACAAUCAAAUACUAUGUCGGCCCUGCUACCACCGAUGUCUCUUUGAGUCUACAGUCCGGUGUUUUCCCCGGCACUUUGUUCUACCAGGAGCAGGGCUUCAGCUUCUGGAGAUUCGCAAUGGACCUCGAAUUGACUCAAUAUGAGCAGAAAGUCAAGUACUCUGUUAACGACGAGUUUAACGAAAACUUUCAGUUCUUCCUCCCUUCGAUCGAGCAGAGUAUGAACGUCAUGUCGUAUUCUUGUAACGGGUUCUCGUUGUCUGUCAAGACCGCGGAGUUCAAGAGUUCUUUGUGGUAUGAUGUGCUCCGCAAGCACGACCAACUGCCAUACCAUGUGAUGGUUGGAGGAGGAGACCAGAUCUACUGCGACUCGGUCAAGAAAUCGUCCAGGCCUUUUGAGAAAUGGCUUGAGCACAAAAAACUCCACUCCUACGAGAAGCUCACCGACGAAAUGGUCAAGUCGCUCAAGGAGUACUACAUGAAGAACUACAUUCAAUGGUUCGGUAAAGGUUACUGGGAAGGAACAGCAGGAGCUACUUUGCAAUGUAUGUAUCCAAUGGCGCUGCAACAGAUUCCUCAAGUCAACGUGUUUGAUGACCACGAUAUCAUCGACGGUUUUGGGUCCUAUGGUCAUCGGACAAUGACUCAGGAUAUAUUCAAAGGUGUUGGAAACAUUGCAUUUAACUACUAUUUAUUGUUCCAGCACCACACUUCUCCAACAGAAGAGAUGGCUUCGGAACCAUCGUGGAUACCUGGAGCAUCCGUGGGUCCAUAUAUCACUCAGAAAUCCAGAUCAGUGUACACCAGAUUCGGAAGGGAAAUUGCAUUGGUUGGUUUCGACUGCAGAACCGAGCGUACUAAACAUCAAAUCAUCACCCAGGAGACGUACAGCCGUAUCUUUAAGAGAAUGGAUGACGAGUUGGUUGCAGCCAAGGGCGAGAUCAAACACUUGCUCGUGCUGCUCGGUGUGCCAAUCUGUUACCCGAGAAUGGUCUGGAUCGAGUCGCUCAUGGGAUCCAAGCUUCUUGCUCCUAUCAAGUACCUGGCAAGAAAGGGAGUCAUUGCCAAAGGCUUGGUGAACGAAUUCGAUGGUGGUAUCGAAUUGUUGGAUGAUUUGAACGACCAUUGGUGUGCUGCUCACCACAAGAAGGAACGGAACUGGUUGAUGGGCGAGUUGGUCAAGUUCGGUGCUAAACACGGAGUCAGAAUCACCAUUCUGUCCGGUGACGUUCAUCUUGGAUGUCUUUCCAGAACCAUGACCAAGCUCGAUAAGCACAUCAGCGCUCAAGAGCGCGAGAACAUCGUGGCAAAGCCAGAAAAGGAUCCUAGAUUGAUUUUCAACGUCAUUUCUUCUGCCAUCAUCAACGCUCCUCCACCUAACGGUAUGGCCAGCUUUUUGCAGAAACGUGCAAAGAUUCAUCACUUUGAUAGACACUGCGACGAAGACGUUGUUGAUCUGUUCCUCAAGGACACUGAUGGGUCAGAGAGAAGCAACACUCUGUUUCUGAAUAAACGGAACUAUGCCGACUUGAUUCCUUUCAAGAACCUGAAGAACACUGAUAGAUACAAGCAGUUCCAACAAGGAGACUUGAUCCAUCCAGGUCCAACAACGGAGCUUGCCAAGGCCGAACCUAUCCACAAUGGACAUAUUUCUCUGAAGAACAUUGGAUACCCAUUGGACCCGGAAUCGCUCGUCACCACUUUCCACUUUGAGGCAGAUAUCAAAGAUUUCAACUCAGAGACUUAUGACUAUGAAGUUCUGAUUCCUCAUCUUGCUGAACGGCAAAAGAUUUCAGAAGUGGGUCUUAAAUAA